CUUUAAUCCUCUCAAUUAGACUUAAUAUUUUCACUACCACCCCAAAAAAAUUAAAAUUAUUCCUAUUUUCUCAUCUCUACCCUUUUCUAUUUUUUUCCUGUGCCGCCACUGUUCUAUGCGCCUCCACCACCACCGCCGCCGCCGCCAUCGUUAGCCGCCGUCUCCAAUUCCUCUGCAUCCCUUAACACACAUAAGCUAGGGUUUCCCGGCGUUUUCCGGCGUUUCCCGGCGUUUUCGAGCUGGAUUCUCUCUCUUUUAUCCUGCCAAUCUCCAUGCGCCGCUGGUUUAGCGGUUUUGUUGAUUAGUUUCUCUCUCGAUCUCUAAACUGUAUCAAAACUAAUUCAUUUUGAGGAAACCUUAGGUUUUCUUUUCAAUUAGUCACAUUUACAUAUGGUUAAUUAAAUUAGGGCAAAAAUAUUGCUGUUGUGUAUAGUUUAUUGCUUUUUUUAUCUAUUUUAAUUUUAAUUUAGGUUUAGUUGAGUUGAAUGGCAUUGGGAGAUUUAAUGGCGUCUAGGUUUUCGUCGUCUUCUACGCAGUCUUCUGUUGCUGCAAUUGUAUCUUCUACUAAUCAUAAUAAUCACUAUGAUGAUUACUCUUCAACUCACGGAGAGGACGCGAUUGCUGCCGCUCUUGGAGGCGGCGAUAUGAUAUCGCAGAGGCGAGAUAGGGAUUCAGAUACUGCUAGUAGUAGUUAUGGAAAUGCCGGCCAUACGACUACGAGUAUGGCUUAUUUACCGCAAACUAUGGUUUUGUGUGAUCUUCGGCAUGAUGCUUUCGAAGUUUCUGUGCCUACUGGUCCUUCUGAUAGCGGUCUUGUUUCAAAAUGGCGGCCUAAGGACAGAAUGAAGACCGGAUAUGUAGCUCUAGUUUUAUGCUUAAACAUCAGUGUUGAUCCACCUGAUGUGAUCAAGAUAUCCCCUUGUGCUAGAAUGGAGUGCUGGAUAGAUCCAUUUUCAAUGGCACCUCAAAAAUCUCUUGAAACAAUUGGCAAAACCUUGAGUGUGCAAUAUGAAAGAUGGCAACCCAAGGCUCGAUAUAAAGUACAACUUGAUCCUACUGUUGAUGAGGUUAAAAAACUUUGUAAUACAUGCCGAAGAUAUGCCAAGUCCGAGAGAGUUCUGUUUCACUAUAAUGGUCAUGGUGUUCCAAAGCCAACUGCUAAUGGUGAAAUCUGGUUGUUUAACAAGAGCUAUACACAGUAUAUCCCGUUGCCAAUCAGUGAUCUUGAUUCCUGGUUGAAGACACCAUCUAUUUAUGUUUUUGAUUGCUCAGCUGCUGGGAUGAUUGUCAAUGCGUUUCUAGAGCUUCACGACUGUAAUUCUUCGAGCUCUACUGGAUCUGCAAAGGACUUCAUAUUGCUUGCAGCCUGUGAAGCGCACGAGACUCUUCCUCAGAGUGCAGAAUUUCCUGCCGAUGUGUUCACUUCUUGCCUCACCACACCUAUUAAGAUGGCAUUAAGAUGGUUCUGGAAACGUUCGUUACUUCACGAGUCCCUUGAUUAUUCCCUGAUAGAUAAAAUACCUGGUCGGCAGAACGACCGCAAAACCCUGCUGGGAGAAUUAAAUUGGAUUUUUACAGCAGUGACGGAUACAAUAGCGUGGAAUGUUCUCCCUCAUGAUCUUUUCCAAAGACUCUUUAGGCAAGAUCUGUUAGUUGCCAGUCUAUUCAGAAAUUUUUUAUUGGCUGAGAGAAUCAUGCGUUCUGCUAACUGUUCUCCAGUUUCUCAUCCAAUGUUACCGCCCACUCAUCAGCAUCAUAUGUGGGAUGCGUGGGAUAUGGCUGCUGAAAUUUGCCUCUCUCAGCUUCCAUCUUUGGUUGAGGAUCCUAAUGCAGAGUUCCAGCCAAGUCCUUUUUUCACCGAGCAGCUGAUGGCUUUUGAGGUAUGGUUGGAUCAUGGAUCUGAAGAUAAGAAGCCACCAGAGCAGCUGCCAAUUGUUCUUCAGGUUUUACUUAGUCAAUGCCAUCGAUUUAAAGCGCUGGUGCUUCUUGGGAGAUUCCUGGAUAUGGGGUCCUGGGCAGUGGAUCUGGCAUUAUCUGUUGGAAUUUUUCCAUAUGUUUUGAAGCUAUUGCAAACUACAACACCUGAACUAAGGCAAAUUCUUGUUUUUAUAUGGACAAAAAUUCUGGCGCUUGACAAGUCAUGCCAAGUUGACCUUGUUAAGGAUGGGGGACACACCUAUUUUAUCAGGUUUCUUGAUAGCAUGGAAGCCUAUCCAGAACAACGAGCUAUGGCUGCAUUUGUUUUGGCUGUUAUUGUUGAUGGGCACAAGAAGGGCCAGGAAGCUUGUAUUGAAUCUGGUUUGCUUAAUGUGUGCUUGAAGCACCUUAGUGGUUCAGUUCCAAAUGAAGGUCAAACUGAACCCUUAUUUCUUCAGUGGCUUUGCUUGUGUCUGGGAAAGCUGUGGGAGGACUUUUCAGAAGCACAAAUAGUAGGUCUACAGGCAGAUGCACCUGCUAUAUGUGCUUCUCUGCUGUCUGAACCCCAACCUGAGGUUAGGGCUUCUGCUGUGUUUGCAUUGGGCACCUUGCUAGAUAUAGGGGGUGAUGCAUGCCGAGAUAGUGUUGCAGCGGAUGACGACUAUGAUGAUGAUGAAAAAGUUAGAGCCGAAAUUAGCAUAGUUAAAAACUUAUUGAAUGUUGUUUCAGAUGGUAGCCCACUGGUCAGGGCAGAGGUUGCUGUAGCUCUAGCCCGAUUUGCAUUUGGCCACAAACAACAUCUCAAGUCAAUUGCUGCAGCAUAUUGGAAGCCUCAGUCAAAUUCUCUUCUAAAUUCCUUACCUUCUUUGGCCCAUAUAAAAGGGACUGGUAGUGGAUUUACCAACCCAAACCAGUAUAUGCAACAUUCUAGUAUUAUUUCUUCUCAAAUUGGUCAUUUGACAAGAGUUGGCUCUGACAACCAAUCAGUGGUUCGAGAUGCAAGGGUCUCCACCAGCAGUCCACUUGCUACAUCUGGAAUUAUGCAUGGGUCACCCUUAUCUGAUGAUUCAUCUCAACAUUCUGAUUCUGGUAUGUUGAAUGACGUUGUCAGCAAUGGGGUUGGCCAUCAUUCAAGGCCAAAACCGUUGGAUAACGCAAUGUAUUCGCAGUGUGUAUUGGCUAUGUGUACUUUGGCUAAGGAUCCUUCUCCACGCAUUGCAAACCUUGGCCGGAGAGUGCUGUCCAUUAUUGGAAUUGAGCAAGUAGUGACAAAACCUGUUAAUACCAUAGGCACUAGUGGUCGACCCGGUGAAACUCCAACUUCAUCUCCAUCUCCAAGUCUUGCAGGACUAGCUCGUUCAUCUUCAUGGUUUGACAUGAAUGCAGGUCAUCUCCCUUUGACAUUCAGAACUCCUCCUGUUAGUCCUCCACGACCAAGUUACUUAACAGGGAUACGUAGAGUUUGUUCCUUAGAAUUCAGGCCUCACUUAAUGAAUUCUCCAGAUUCAGGAUUAGCUGAUCCUCUUUUAGGUUCUGUUGGACCAUCUAUGGGUUCUGAGCGCAGUUUGCUUCCUCAAUCAACUAUUUAUAACUGGAGCUGUGGUCACUUUUCAAAGCCACUUCUUAAUACGGCGGAUGAUACUGAAGAAAUAUUGGUUAAAAGAGAGGAGAGGGAAAAAUUUGUGCUAGAUCAUAUUGCCAGGUGUCAACAUUCUUCUGUUAGUAAGUUAAAUAAUCAAAUUGCUGGCUGGGACACAAAGUUUGAAACUGGCACAAAAGCAGCCUUGUUGCAUCCUUUCUCUCCUAUUGUCAUUGCCGCUGAUGAGAAUGAAAGGAUAAGGGUAUGGAAUUAUGAAGACGCUGCUCCUCUCAAUGGAUUCGAUAAUCAUGAUUUUCCUGACAGAGGGAUUUCUAAGCUGUGUCUUGUUAACGAGCUUGAUGACAGUCUGCUUCUUGUUGCUUCGUGUGAUGGAAAUAUUCGGAUUUGGAAAGACUAUACCGUGAAGGGUAAACAAAAGCUUGUUACUGCAUUUUCUUCAAUCCAGGGUCAUAAACCUGGUGUUCGGAGUUUGAAUGCUGUUGUGGAUUGGCAACAACAAUCUGGAUAUUUGUAUGCUUCUGGUGAGAUAUCUUCCAUCAUGCUUUGGGACCUGGACAAAGAGCAACUUGUUAAAUCUGUUCCAUCAUUCUCAGAUUGCAGCAUCUCAGCAUUGGCUGCUUCUCAAGUUCAUGGAGGUCAGUUUGCUGCUGGUUUUGUGGAUGGUUCUGUCAGACUAUACGAUGUUAGGGCACCUGAAAUGCUUGUUUGUGUAAAGCGUCCGCAUACAAGAGUAGAAAAAGUUGUUGGGAUUGGCUUUCAACCCGGUCUUGAUCCUGGGAAGUUUGUCAGUGCAUCUCAGGCCGGUGACAUUGAAUUUCUGGAUAUAAGAAAUCCCAGGGACACCUAUUUAACUAUUCAUGCUCACAGGGGCUCCCUUACAUCUUUAGCUGUUCAUAGGCAUGCUCCUAUAAUCGCCAGUGGCUCUGCAAAACAAAUAAUUAAAGUAUUCAGCUUAGAGGGAGAUGUGCUGGGCACUAUUCGGUACUAUUCAACUUUCAUGGCCCAGAAGAUUGGACCUGUAAGCUGUCUUACCUUUCAUCCAUACCAAGUACUGCUUGCAGCUGGUGCUGCAGAUGCUUGGGUUUCAGUAUAUACCGACGAAAACUCUCAAGCAAGAUGAAUCCACGUCUUCUUAUCAAUGGUUUGAUGGGAGUCAUCAUUGGGUGGCAGCGCAAGCUAACCAGGUGCGUAUUAUGUCACAAAUGCUGUCUGCCGAGUUCGAUUUGGUCAUCCAAUAUGACGUAUUCCAUCGGGGUAAUUCUGCUGAGCUGGAACCUAGGUUUGGCUUCAGCUUCUGCUUCAGCUUCAGAAAUUGUAUGCUACAUAUUCAUUAGCCUCCAGUGUAGAUGGCCAUACGAGACGGAAAGAAAUGCUGCAUUUUGCGGCGGGGGCUUUGGCAAAUAAUUGUUAUAUGGGUAAAUGUGUGUAAAUAGCUUUUUAAUUUUCGUGUGUUUAUUAAUCCAUCCAAUCCCUUUGUUCAUUGUAAAAGCAACGCUCUGUCAUCAUAAUUUAAGUGUUGCAAACAGUUGUUUAUAUGGGAAUGUCGGGGAGUUCAACA